AUGCGCUCAUUCAAGCACGAUAGUCCCGGGGCCCGGCGAAAGACGCCACAUCAUCUUCCGUCCGCUACCAAUACGCCGCAAUGGUCGAGUCAACCCCAUAAGCCUGGUCCAGAUGCACAUCGACGUGACGCGACGUCUCUGUUUGUCGAAGACCGCAAAGGAGACCGCCAAAAUCUAGCUUAUGGGUCAUUAGAUCGCUAUGCUGUUCCGCGAUACCGAGCCUGUGGAGGUGGUGCUGUCCUGGGUCUCGGUCCAAAGUAUCGCAUUACUCGGCGGACGGAAACGCGGUAUGAAGUGGAAAACGUGGAGCUUGAUUCAACGCGAAGGACACGGAGGCAGUCUCUUCUCUCAAAUAUGGUCAACGACGAUUCAGCGACUGUCAGACCUAUUCCAGCCGCGAACAAUCUGGAUGAUCUACAAAAGGGCUUCCUGAGAUUCGAGCACGGACACUCAAGGAAAAGGAAGAGGACUGGCACGCGGCUUGACGAAGGUCUCUCAGAGUCAGAGGGAGAAUCCUCCACGAGCUUGGAUCCUGAAAACACUUCAGAAACAGAAGAUCCUUUCGAAACGUUCAAAAAAGACCCUGUCCAUCAACGGCACAUGGAGCUCUCGAGAGCCACCGUAGAAACCCCGCAGGAUUUCAGAGUCUGGCUCGCUUUCAUUGACUAUCAGCAGACAUCUUUUGGCUAUGAACACGGCUCUCGAGGUCUCGGCAUGACAUCAGGUCGAAGCCUCAUCGACCUGAGAUUGUCCCUCUACGAGCAAGCGCUAUCCCACGUAAAAGAUCCUGAAGGCCGCCAGACCCUCAUCCUGGGUAUGAUGCAAGAAGGGAGCAAGAUCUGGGACGCGGAAAAACAGGCUUCUCAGUGGCGAACUUUCCUCAACAAGGACUCCUCCUUUGAUCUUUGGAUUCUAUACCUGAAUUUCAUGCAGAGCAACCAAGUCAGGUUUACAUUCGAAACCUGUCUGGGGAUAUACAAGACAUGUCUCAAGAAUUUCCAGGAUGUGGAGGUAGAACGCAGAAGAGAUUCACACUGUAUCUACCUUCUUCUGCGCUGUACCCUGUACCUAUGGCAGUCCGGCUUCACCGAACAGGCCGUCGGAAUCUGGCAAGCUCUUUUCGAGUACAAUCUAUUUCGUCCCCAGAAUUCAACGUCGGAGGAACCCCUUGAAUCUUUUCACCAGUUCUGGGCGAGUGAGGUCGCACGAAUUGGCGAAGAAGGGGCUACUGGCUGGAGCUCCAUGACGAGUGCAGAACUUGAUGCAAAGUCCGACAAACAGAACCCUCAUACGCCUACACUCGAUUUUGCCGCCUGGGGAGCAGCUGAAAAUGAUCUGGGCCGUUGUGCAGGAUUGCCAGCCCGUUCUUUGGAUGACGUGAGUGAAGCAGAUCCGUAUCGAGUUCUUCUCUUUGCAGACAUCAAGGACUUUCUGUUCACGCCCGGUACCCAAGAAGGCUUGAGGAUGCUUCAAGACGCCUUUUUGCUCUUUGCCGGUCUUCCUGCGCUCUCUACACUUCCAGAGACUCGCAAUUGGAAGGGAGAUCCAUUUGUUUACGACCACUCUUACUCUGUACCGGACUGGCGAAUGUCUAUCGAGCGGCAUGGGGAUCAAUUCCAUAUGCGAGAAUCUUUCUCUGGAGGCAACUCCUCGUCCCCUCUUGGUGACUUGUCACGCCCACGAACACUAGCAGAAUUGCAUCUUGACUUUGUACGCCGGUUUCUUCUGCAAGCGUCCACAAGUCCGCGUCGUGGAGGGUGUGACGAGUCACUUGCUGGCUACGCCAUUGCUAUGGAAGCUUGUCUGGACCUGAAAUCUGCCAAAAAGCAGGCCAAAGUGUUCCUCAAGCAAAAUCCUGAUAGUCUCCCUCUUUACAACACAUAUGCCGUUCUCGAGUAUCGACUAGGCAACUUCGAAGCUGCGGAGCGGGUGUGGUCCACCGCAACAUCCAUGCGUGCCUCUCUUGGACCAGACGCUGAGAACGCAGUCUCUCCCCUCUGGCGUGCUUGGGUAUACUCGUACAUGACUCGCAACAGGUAUCAUGAGGCAGAGGUAUUGUUGGGUAUGUUGACGGACAGGCAAGUUGACGUAAGCAAGUUACAAACCGUUGUACCGGGCGACCAUGCACAGUCAAUUGCCAUACGGAUCAAGACUGAACAAUACCUCCAAAAUCAAUUCGAAUCACUCCUCUCCAAGCUUGAUACCCGGCUGCUCCCAGACCUGGUCGAUGUCUUGGCCCUUCAACGGUACCUCACUCGAGGGUUGAGUCCAGAGGCUGCCUUGGAAAUAUAUGAGCACUGCUUGGAAGCGAUUGUGGGAAGAGGGGCCUGGGAUACUGCUGGGGUAGAAGCAAUUCAUGAGAACCGGGCCCGUCUCCUCCACUCUCAUGCAACAACGUUUGGCAAGCCUUAUAAGCCCAAAGAGUUCUGCCUGGUAUUGACUGAGUCGGUUCGAGCGUUCCCUGACAAUAGUUUUCUUCUAAUGUUGCAACACCACUAUGCCCAAAAGUCCGGGCUUUUCGACAGGUUGCGCCAGGCCGACUCUCGCGCUCAAGCCACGCAGCGAAAUCACCGGGUAACUGACAGUGUCAUACCCUGCAUCUUCGGUCUCUCAACGGAGCUGGGCAGACCUUCUUAUGCGGGAAGUACGAACCACAGCAUCCGCUCUGCUUUCAGAAGAGCCACUGACCAGUCGGAGGUGGGUUAUCAUUGUGUGUUCGUCUGGAAGGCAUACAUGAUGUGGGAACUUUCUGUUGUUUCGGGCGAAAAGAGCGACAUCGGACAAAGAAUGACAGCCGCCGAAGCCAAGAAGCGUCACGGUCUCCAGAUGGUGACAGAUGUGUUCUAUUCUUCGUUGCGGGCAUGUCCUUGGUCCAAAGAGCUGUACAUGCUGGCAUUUACUCAGCAGACUCUUAGGAACAGCCUGGGCCAUCAGGGCCUCAAGCAGGUCUACGAAAGCAUGCAAGAUCGGGGCCUGAGGCUCCACGUGGAUUUAUCAGAGCAAUUCUAA